AUGGCGUAUCCAACAGAUUCGCUAGAUUUUUCCAAACCAUGGCAAUUCAGUGAUGUGGUUUUGGUUGUGGAAGAGGAAAGAUUUCAGGUUCAUCGCAAUAUCCUGGGGAUGUGGUCUGAAGUAUUCACAACGAUGUUUACCUCAGAAUUCAAAGAGAAAACCGCUAGAGAUGUCCCGCUUCCGGGAAAGAAAUCAUCUGAGAUCAAAGAAAUGCUGCUAGUGAUUUAUCCAACGUCGGCGAAACCGAUCAAUCAGGAGAAUUACUUGUUUUUACUUAAGCUCGCAAAAGAGUACAUGAUGGCAAAUCUCACCAGAAAAUGUGAAAUGUUUCUAAUGAAUGUCUUGGAAAAAUUGCCGCAUGGGCCAACACGCAACGCACUCGGCUGUUUGGAUAUUCUAGACACUGCACAUCACUAUGGUCUGGGUAUUCUGGAACGUGCCUGCAUCGAGAAAGCAAAGGGCUUAAGCCUCAACCGUCUAAAAAGUGAACGCUAUAAAAUACCGGAUGCUACCCGUGAAGUAAUAUUACAGGGAAGGAUUGAGAUGUUAUAGAAGAGAGCAAGAGAAUGUGUCAAGUGUCGCCAAUACGCAUUCCCUGACAUACCAUGAAGACAUUGAAUAACUGCUGAUUUAAGUUUUAUUUUUCUCACUUUAGUCUCAUUUCCUUCGUAGAUAUUGCUUUCUCCCUUUUAUAAUUAAUAAUCAAUAGAGAUAACAUCUUUCUAUCAGGUUGUUAAUGCAUGAAGUGCAAUGGUCAUGAAGCAUGUCAGACUUCUUGUUAUCUGUUUUGUUAAUACUUAACUCUUUUACACAUGUAAUUUGAAUAGAGGGUGCUAAUGGGGGAACCCAAUUCUCAGUUAUUAAACUACUAAUUUUUCAGCCAAAUAUCAGUUAACUACUAUUUUUUGGGCCAAUUCUCAGUUAACUACUAAUUUCGGUCAGCUAUUAACUUUCACUUUCCUACAGCGAAUAUUAUUCCCUUAUAACCCGAAUUUUUAAAAAUCAAGGUAUAAAUUUACAUGAAUUUACAUAAACUCCGCCACUAGUACAAUUUAUAAGUAACUGAAAAUAUAGAAAAGAACAUAUAAUUAUCUAACCGAAGUAGUGAAAAUGGAUAAGCGAUAGCUAUUAAGACCCCCAUUAACUGAUCUUUAGAUUAAGUCGUAUAGCCAUCGAUACGACAACAGCCUCAUAGAUCCAGACGCACCAGUCAUGAUCUCGGCGUACUGAUCUUCCCGACCUGGUCACGCAUGUCCUGCCAUAAACUACUUCAAAGUCACCUUCUUCGUCACUUUCAUUAUCUGAAACAGUCUAUUGUACUUAUCCGGUUGCUGUAUGUCCUGUAUCUUGUUGUUGGCCAAAGUUUCAAUCCAUUUUCAAUCCUUGCAAUCCAUUGCAACAGACAACGGGAAAAAAAUCAAUGCCAAAAUGUACUGUUGAUUAACAAAACUGGACCAUUAUUUUUGGAAUUCAAUUGAUGCAAAAAAAAGUUUUAGCUUUUUAAAAAGAGAGCAAAUAGCAUGACAUAGUACCGUGACGCUGGUGGUCAAAAUCCCACGUUAACUUGUGUUGAUUCGCUUCUUAUGGUUCGUUGUCAAACAGGGCGAAAGUUCUAUAUCCAGUGCCUCAUCACAACUUCUUGCACCGAUGGGAGAGACAUAGCUGAAAGUGCUGACAGAGGCAUGAAAGUAUUCAGGACACGGGACAAUUCAAUUUUUCUUGAGUGUAGCCCUUCGAAUUCGUAGUUCUUUUAAGCGAUUCCUUCAUUGCGGUUUCAAAGUCUUGGGCGUAGUUCAAAGAACAAUUUUUCACAGAAACUGACGUACCUUUUUGCGUAUUUCAAAAGCAUCAUAUAUCCAAGGGUUUUACUUGUAAUAAAUGAACCUGUUUCAGAAAGACAGGUUUAAACACGAUCUUAAUAGUCUCAAUAGUUAAAACUCCAACAUUAGUUACAUUAAUGAUUUCUCGUAAGAACAAAUUACAUGUACUUUAAAGAACGAUCUGAUUCCUUUGAGCCAUAAGAAGAUCCAGUGCUUAGAGUUAGCUUUUUUCUUUUGGUAGUAAUGUUUAACUUGACGAUCUUUUGGGUCCGUGAAAACAGUACUUUCCUUUUCCGAACACAAAAGUCUUGUUCGUUGAGUUGUCUACAACCAGCUCUAUGACCGACGCUUUUUGUUUGCCGGGUACUGCCCUGGUGCCUUUUGCACAUAGUAUGUGUUAAUGUGCCACUGGGUGAUCAGCGGGACAGAAAAAAGGCAGAAAAUAGCAUUUCUGUUUGCAAAACUUUGUUUUUUUCAUUAACAUCGACGAUCGUAUAAAUAGAAUGUCACUUAACUGCAGCUUGCCAUUCACGUGGUACAAAACCGCCAUGCUGGGACGGAAAAGUCGCACUGGGGCAAGACCAACAAAAGACAUACAGUACCUAGUUUUAAUUAAAUGGUAAUUUAAGGGAGAAAGGGAAAAGGGAACUCCCCAAUCCCCAAUCUCCCCAAUCCCCCUCCCCUUUUUCCCUUCCUCCCUAUCCCCUACCCCCUACCCCCUACCCCUUUCGACGCCUAAUACGCAGGCUAGCUGCAAAGGGCCAAUUAGACCAUGCACCACGUCGUGACUCUCUGUGAGUUUUUUCGACGGUGAAGUCAUGAUGAACGUCAAUUAAAGAAGAAUCAAAAAGCUUACUUUAGAGAUUAAGCCAAGUGACGAUCGCUUGGUUUAUCGAUCAAAUUUGACAACCGGUUAAUAUAGUGAUGACAGCAGAGAAAUCUGCUAAAAAGUGUGCUGCACAUUCAGAGUUUUUUGUAUGAAGGGUGUCCAACUGGCAAUAUCAAGAGAGGAUAAAGCCAGCUCCUGUAGUGAGCUUUAUUCUCUCUUGGCAAUAAUUAGCGUAGUUCUUAGUUUGGCAUUGCAAAAGGGUGCAUUCAUAAAUAACGUAACGUAACAGACUGAAAACUGACACUGUCAACCCUGAACAAUAUCAACACCACAACACAAAAGGGAACCAACAAUGAUUUCUGCAACACCCAAAAAACACCCAAUUUCAGUCAUUUUAACCGGUUCUUAAAAGGUAGGUUCAUAUUUGCAGAUCAGUACAAUCGUAUAAGCAUAAGUCGGCACGGUGUUACGAUAUGUCGAUUCCGUUUAUACAUUGUUGUAAUUGUUUGCGGGCUACAUAAAUAUGCGAGACAUCUUUUCGUCAUCCCAGUAAAAAGGAUGGUAGUGGGAAAUAAUACACGAGUUAAUAACUUAUAUUUAGAUUUCAGCCAGUGAUAUAGCAACGACAGAUUUUGCAAAACGUUCAGUUUUAUAAAACCAAGAACAGGAUAAAGAACAAUAAGUUGCUUCUUUAAUCAAUUUCCUAGAUUUAAUGAUUCUCGCAAGUGCCGCGGAAUGAAUCACGUUCUGCAUUGAUUUCACGAAGGAGUUCGUUUAUUGUCAGUUCUAAACGCUUACAACGUACACCCCUCGGUCCCUCCGUGACCGUCCACUCGACGAGCGUACGGCCUUCAGGAGGGUCUGAAUUGGGGGGUGGGGGGGGGGGGUUAAAAAAGUCCGGUUUUACAAAAAAAAUUUAGGGUUUUUUUUUUUUUAAAGGGAGGGUUUUUUAAUUAAAAAAAAAAAGUUUUUUUAGAUUUCCCUUUUUUUAAGAGGUUAAACCCGUUCAAUAAAAAAAAAAAAAAAAAGAUAAAAAUAAAGAAAAAUUAAAAAUUUAAAAAAAAAAAUUUUUUUUGUUUUUUCUUAGACAUUCGUCCUAGUGUGUGCUUGCAGGGAGCAGUGCGGCGACGAAAUGACUUUCGUUUUUUCCAUGAGGGGUGGUUUUGUUUGUUCGCAUCCCCUACCCCCCCCCCCGCCCCCCCCCGCGCCCGCCGGGGCCGGCCCGGGGGGGGGGGUGGGGGCGGGGAGGGGGUGGGGGGGGGGGGGGGGGGGGGGGGGGGGUAUACAAAUGUCAGUUGUCAGUAAAAAUUUUAGGCUUUUUGUUAGUUGUAAGUGCAUGCUUAUUAAUUAACAACAACAAGUUUAUUCAGUAUUACCAUUUUGUACAGGUGUAACACCUGUACGAUAAAAAUAAAAAUAAGUAGCUAAAUAUAAGGAAACUUAAAUUAUUAACUAUGAAACUUAUUUGUGUAUUUUUUUAAAUCGAAAUUUAGCUUUAAAAGCACAAAUAAUGUAAACUAAACGUAAAUUCAAAAAAUGAUGCAAUGGUACCUUAAUUUUUAUCAGUUUUGCUAUUGAAAGAAUUUCAAGUGGCCCUCAAAUUCUGAGGGUCUUGUGUCACUUAGCCUGUCUACAAACCCCCCCUCCCCUUAGUAAAAAUUGGAGGGGAGGGGGGGUGGUUUGUACACAGGCUAGUGUCAUGUCCACACAAACGUUUUUCCUUGCCCGAGUUCAACAUUCCAACCUUUUUUUUUGGGGGGAAAGCCAAAAUUUAUACGUUUAAGGACAUAGAUCGUAAGAGAGACUAGGAAAGACCCUAUCUGCAUCAUCUCGGUAAAAAACUUACAAUUGCUUUUAUAGCGCCUCAUUAGCAGCCAUCCAGUAUGUUGGUGCGUUCUGAGAGGAGCGUAAAUUUGAGAUCAUUGGUCACUUACAACGGAUAUGAUGGUACAUGAUACACAGCGUCCAGUUGCUAAAAUUACCCAUAUAAACUACGUUAAACGCACAUUUGAUCACAUCAUCUUACGAAAACAGUAAAACAAUGCUGUUGAAAGGCCUCAAAAAAGGGUUUUGCAGAAGAUAAAGGACAAUUAGGUCCUUUGUCAUUUGACAGUAAAACCCAAGGCAAAUGUCAGUUGUCAGUUAAAAUUUUGGCCAUUUGCCAGUUGUUAGUUAACCCCAUCCAGACCCUCCUUCAGAAUAAAUACAGAGUAAAUUAGAGGUAAACGGAGAGAUCUCCUUCUGGGCCCGGUUCCUGUAAGGCCGAUUAGCUCUAAUCCAGGAUUAAGAUUUUGUUCCACUUUUUGUAUUUACUUUCCUAUACAUUGCUUAGAAAAACAUUUUGUGUAAAUCAUUACUGUGUCUCAGAGUAAAGACUCAACAGUAUUUUUUAAGCUCGAGUUACAUACUCUUAGCAAGGAAACCGCGCUUAAAAUUUCGCUUCAUCCUGUGUUACAACUUAACCAUCUUUCUAGGAACUGGGCCCUGAUGUGUUAAUAAACAAUUAAUGAAUGGGCUGAGUAUCUUAUGAAGAAUUAUGGAGAUCGAGGAGGGUGUUAUCCGCCUCGGCCAACACAUAAUUCUUCAUAUGAUGGGAAAGCCGAAUUCAAUAAUUGUUUUAUUAUUCAUUCAAAAUAAUUCCUAGUUUAAAAACAUAGCUAAACCAAGCUUACCUCCAUCGAUGUUAAGUUUAUCUUCGAUGGUGCACGUUUAGGGUUCAGUUCAGCUCCGCAAAGAUUCUCUAAAUAGCAGAUGUCGCCCUUCGAGUUGUUUUCUUGCUGUUCUUACCAUGCAUGAAGGCUGCACUUUUGACGUCAUCGAUUCAUUUAUCGCAAAAUUCUUCCAAAUUUGGUCAUCAGUAGCUGGUUAUGGUGAAUUAUUAUUCAUUCAAAAUAUUUUCCCAAUUCUGAUUGGCUAAAAGCACACGCAUAAUUCACCAUAACCAGUUACUGAUGACCAAAUUUGGAAGAAUUUUGUGUUUAACGAGGAAAUGACGUCAAAAAUGCAGCUCGCUACAGGUUAAUGCACCGUUAACCAAGAGGACCUGGGGACGAGGUUGAGUUGUUUUGGUUGUGAAAACAAAAAUGGCCGACACUUCACUCGUUUCAAGAGUAAGAACUACAGCUGGAACUAGGCGAAAUAAUAGCUAAAAACAUAGCAAAAACAGCAAGAAGACAACUCGGAGGGCGACAUCUGCUAUUUGGAGAAUAUUUGCGGAGCUGGAUGAACCUAAAUGUACACUAUCGAAGAUGAACUUAACAUCGAUGGAGGUAAGCACGUUUUAGCUAUGUUUUUGAACUAGGAAUUAUUUUGAGUGAAUCAUUAAACAAUUAUUGAAUUCGGCUUUCGUAUCAUAUGAAGAAUUAUGGAGAUCGAGGAGGGUGUUAUCCGCCUCGGCCGUGAUAACACCCUCCUCGAUCUCCAUAAUUCUUCAUAAGAUACUCAGCCUCAUUCAUUAAUUGUUAAUUAUGCGUGUGCUUUUAGCCAAUCAGAAUCGGGGAAAUAUUUUGAAUAAACAAUAACACAUUUAAACGAACUCCUGCGCCUGAGGCCUAGGUAAAAAAGAAUCUGCUUUAAGUUUGUUAACGGGUACAAUGCAAGCUUUCGCUUUGAUCCAAACGAGAAUGAUUGAUCGUAAGUUGAUUUUUGUACUAAGUCUCUAGAGCAAAGUGGUCAACAUUGCAAACCGACUCGUUUAACCUGAGUGAUGCACCCCUAUGGCAAGACCAGAAAUUUUUGAAUAAAGGUUGAAUAAAGGGAUGAUCGAAUGGGGUCAAAAAUCAAAACCCAAAGAAAUCCCUAGGGCUUUGAACAAAACCCGAAAAUUUAACUCACAAAAAAUCCCAUGCCGAAUUUUCGAGUCAUAAUAACACGAAAAAUAGAAACAUUAGUAAUGGGAUGUUUGUGUUUGCUUAUUCACCACACCAUCUGGAGUAAGAACCUUUUUCGAAUCUGGUGGUAUCGGCUCCUGCUGGUGGUAAUUGUAACAAAGACACUCGAGACACUCAAGAAUACUGUAGGGCAAAAGGGAGUUCAAGUGACUAUAUAAAAAAGCCAGGCGAUCAUCGGCACGAAGACAACAAAAAAUGAAUCGAAGCGUUGGUUUACACCCCGGGACACUUUGUCGACUAUUGACAUUAUUGAUUGUAUAUUUUAAAACCGGUGUUACGAAAAAGAUGAAAUGUGAUGCGUUUUUUUGUGGCUGGAGAAAAUCGCCGGGGAAACGACUUGAUCUUGGGUGGUAUAAAUACCCGCCCCUCCCAUUUUCGUAAUAAAAAGCCCUGUGAAUGUGUUUUUGUCUUCUCCCCCAAAAGGUGAAUGGUAAAUAGUCUCGAGUUCCUGUUUUCCUAAACCUUUGCUUCAUAGAAGCCCUGAGUUAUACAAAUUAAAGUACCAGCGACACGUUUUACAACUCUGAAUUUUGCUUCUACUAGGCUAGAACAGACGAACCUACAUUUAGCCACCACCUAACCAUAACACCAAAACCUCGACCACGAGCACUUUUUUGGAUGAAGUUUUUAGAAGACAACUUUUUAGGAUUUCCAUAGAUUUUUUCCAUCUGCCGAAACAGCCACGUGGUCUCUACCUAUGUUCACUGUACAUACUGACGGCCUACUCAGAGCGUGAAGAACUUAUAAUGACACCAUCGAAAAUUAAACGUUCGAUUGUAUCUCUGGAGAGAAACGGACCCUAGUACAGCGCAGAGAAAGAAAAAACACAGUCUGUCACUGUCACGUAAAUUAGUUUCCGCAAAAAAUAAAACUGGGCAUGAAUAAAAUAAUAGCUAUGCAAAAUAAAAAUCCCGAAAACUGUAGUUCGUAGCACAAGGCAGGUGGCACGCACACGUUAUCUAAGCUCAGUUUUUAAGUUGAUUGAGUUUAUGGACUUAUAAGCUAAGUACUCAUUGUUCUCCGGGUUACCACCAUCUGAGUCACGCAAACAGCAGGGGUAGUCUCUUGCUGUCCUUGUUUUCACUGAUUUUAGCAAGGCUCCACACGAAGGUAAAGCCUUAAGGUCAAACUCCCUGGAUGAACUUUUUGUCUUGAGAAAAUAAAUGACGCCAUUUUGAAUGCUGAUUCUUCUUGGGCGGGGCUAAAUCCUGUAAGGAACAUUUUAACCAAGGAGUUUGACUUCGAGAUUGCUAGUUGAAGCUAACUGAUUACGAGAAGAUACUCUGCACCAAACUGUAAUUACAAAUAGAAGUAUUACUGUAAUUCCUACAACGAAAAAAGGGUUUUUAGAAAGUACAGAUUGAAUUGUCUUCAUCGACCUCGCAUAAAGGGGCAGUCUCCUUCACAGAAAUUAAGAAGUCAGUAAAGAACCUACUUAGCCUAAAUUGCCAAUAACUACCCCAAAAUAAUAGAACCUUUUUUGCCGACCUCAAAAUAUUUAUAGCGGGUCUUUACUGUAUCAUAAAUUGUUAAUAUAGUUAUUCGAAGGAAUUGGCAACACUUCUUCCACCCCUUUGAGCUCGUUGUAGUGAGAAAAGAUAAAGGUUUUGAGCAGUUUUAAAAUGUGAAGUUCUCUUUCGUUGUCGUAUUAAAAGAGAGAUAAGAUGAAAUUGAUCGAAAUGACUAACAAACCGCCGCUGUAGCCUGAGUAGCUGUCCCUUUUUUUUUUUCCUUUUGUGGUUCGCAUACGGAGUUACAGCCGCGCGAAAGCUGAACUGUCUUCUUUUUCGUCCUCGGUUUCAGGUUUCACGCGGCUGAAUCUCUUUCUUUACAAAGCAGAAAAGAAGAAAAAAACACACCAAAAAAAAGAAAAAGAAGAAAAUCGUAAGCUACGCAGCUCAGAGACCAAAGUCAACGAAUCUGGUCGCGUGAAGACUGGAGUGAAUAAAUUCCUCCGUGGGUCACAUGCUCGUGAUGUCACUUCGCGGGAAUAAGUAGCGCGAAAUCUUGUGGUGUUCGAAGGUUUCGUCAUGGCCGCUGUAGAUUCCUCUUUCAGGUAAUACAGCGUUGAUUUGCCUUCUAUUAUCAGUGAAAAUAUGGCUUAUUGUGCCUUUUAGUCCUUCGUUGGAUAAUCUGUCGUAUCUUUUCAUGUUUUUCAGCGACGAAGUCUCGAAAUUAAUGGGAAAGGGCAAGCGACACCUCGUUUGUAACGAAGUUGUCCAAGCUGUCAAAUGCUUCGAAGAAGCUACACAGAAACUGUAAGCUUUUGCCUGUUUUAAUAUCGUGUUGAUGUUAUCCGCUGUAUUUUAUGUGAUUCACAUUGUUGUGGAUGGAAAGCUAGGCUAAAUCAAAUCUUCAAAUUUUCAAAAAUUUUAUCUAUCAUGGCCUGAACUUUACUCGGUGCAUCUCACUUUCAGUUUACAGCUUGCAUUUGUAUUUAAUCUUAAGCUUACCUUAUAUUUAAGGCGAAGCUUGUAUCAAUGUUAUGUUUCUUUUCAUUUGUGCAAAGAAGUCCGUAAAGCUUCCUUUUCCCUUUGGCAAGUUAACACAGAAAAGUAGCGACCUUGAGAUGCACGUGUACAUUUUAUGCAUGUGCAUUUGUCACAAAUGCAUUAUGGCUUUCCAAAACUAAAAUGCUGCUUUUAUAUCUAGCUGCAGAACAACGUACUUUUAGAGGGAAUUAUCACCCCUUUCUUUAUGAAUCAAGCCAUUUAUUAGAUAUUAAAAUCUUAAUCUUAGGAAAAUAUUUGUAUGGUUUGGUUAAAACCGUGACACAAGUAUUUGAAUAGCACAAACGUGACCAUUUUUACAAAAGGCUUCACUCAGGGGUUUAAAUUCUUUUACUGAACAAAAGCCUCACCAACUGCAGGGUUUUUUAACCAAGAAUUAUUGGUGAGUUUCUGCAACACCAAGAUAUAGUAAAGAUUUUUCUGCUCUCCAUCUUUGUUCGUUGUUUGUGCAGAGAAAGUCAGUAUGGCUCAAAAGCAGAUGAAUGUGGCGAAGCUUAUCUAUUUUAUGGAAAGGCAUUAUUGGAACUUUCAAGGUAUGUCAGUGACAUAAUAAUCAACUGUUUUUACAACAGAUUUACUUGUAGAGAAAAAAUUCGAUAUAUUGAAGGGUCAAGGUACUGGCAAAAUAUGUUCACUUUAACACGUUUUUGUUAUCAAGGUUCAUUUCCAUAUAUUUUACUAUACUGGGGUGAAGAUUGUCAUUUAUUAUACUUUUUCAGCAGUGAGUGAAUCUCCAGUGGCAAAUGGGUUGAACCAAUCACGACUGUAAAACUUCAUGUGGACUGACCCGGGAUGGUUUAUUUGCCUACUGGAAGUUUGGAUUUGAUUCUGAUCCUUGGCUGCAUGACCUCUAACGUUCUUGUACUUGAGCUUUUCCACUUUGUAUUCCAGUUCUCUAUGGAGAACUGAUACCAUCAUCUUUCCUAAAUUAAUUAGGCCCCCCUCCUUUUCUAACAAGCCUUCAUCUCUAUUAAGCCCCCCACAAAUGGGCUUGAAAUAAAUAAGCCCCCUGGGGGGCUUGAUAGAGGAUUUACGGUAGUCAAGUUAUCGUGCAGUUUUUACUCAAAAGACUGCUGCCCUCAAUGCCUCUGAAAACUGUUGAAGAUCACUCGGUGUCCCUGACAUGGAGGUCCUCUUAAUAAGCAUCAAAACUCUGCUUAAAAAAGCCCAGGUUAAUGGUGAGCUGGCUACCUUGUCAAAAUGCCCAACACAUCCCGCCUCAGAAGGCCGUUUUGAAUUGGCAGGAAGGGGGAAUGUUCACAGGGUGGAAAGAAAAAACAUUACAUGGACAACAGUGUAUCCUCAAGCAUUGCUGGACGCUUCUAUAUUAACCCUUUAAGCCCUAAGAUCAAAAUUUGAAUUCUCAUUUGCUGUCCCUAUCCAUUUCCUACAGAAGUAGUAGGGAGAAGUUGAUAAAAUAUCAAGCAAAUUCGUCUUGUUUGAUCAUGUCCAUAAUUCUCAUAACCACUCUGUGUUACAAAGCAUUGAUAUUACAAGGAGAAAUUUGAUGCUGAUCACUCUUAGGGCUUAAAGGGUUAAUGCUGAAACCUGAGAGACUGGCAAGUGUUAUUUUAGAAUUAAUUAUGAAAUAAAAAGUUUUAUGUCAAGUUUCUAAAGACUUGAUAUUUUUAACUUUAUUUCUAUCUUUAUCUUUAUCAUUAUCUUUCUGCAAUAGGGCUGAAAAUGGCGUGCUAGGAAAUGCAUUAAAAGACGGUAUGCUAACUUUUAAAAUAUAGCACCACUUUAGAAUUUAACUGACAGUUUUAGUAGAUGUAUCUGUUUGUUUUUGUUUGUGUUUAUCAGAAAUGUUUCAUAUUCAGUAUUUAUUUCAUAAUUAUUAUAUGAGCUGCACAUUUAGUGAAGUGCAAUUGAAUAUAGUUUUGUCAUGAAGGACGUUGUUUAGGCUUAUAAGAAAUCUGUCUAUGAUUAUUAUUAAUUAUUUGUGUCACAAAGCAUAGGUGUGUAAUGCUAAAAAUUUGCAAAAUUUUACCCUUGAAUAAAUUUUCUUGCUGUACUUUUGUUAAUAUGUACUUUAAUGUCAACUUAGAACUUUAUUAUUAAACUUUACUAUUAGUUGAACCAAAAAGUGAAGAAAGCAGUGAUGAAGAGGAGGAAAAAAUGGACACAGGUUGGUGCUCUGUGCUCUGAAGGUGUUACACAAGUCUGUGUUUAGGGAUGACUUUUUUGGUGAUGUUUUCCACACCCUGCUAAAACCUAACACCCUGUCAAAAGUUUGUAGUUAGUUAGAUUUUAUUGAAAAUAUAAUUUCCAAACAUAUAAUUUCUAACAAAUGAUACGAGUUUCCUUUAAAUUGAUAUUUUAGAUAUGCUUUGACAACAGAACAUGACAUUGAGGGACUUCGGAAGUCAGCCAAGCGCGGUCAUUGCACGCCUGCUGAACAAGAAUGCUGUAUAAUGACAGACUAGAAACAAUACACAACUCCCAAAGCACAAACUCAGCCAAAACGCUAAAAAUCUUCAAUGUUUACUCAAGUUUGGGCUUAUAGAAGAUAAUGUCACAGUUUUUCAAUGACCAUGAAAUUCAGAGUCCGGGUAGUUAGUUAAUCAAUUGUGGCCCUGAAAAAAUUUGAAGGAAAAAAAACUACGAAUUUUUAAGAAAAUGCUUUUUUCGUGAGAAGGACUCUUAAACGCUGACAAACGUCAACAAAUAGCGAAAACUAUAAUUUCUAUAUGUUUGCUUUGCUCGAAAUCGCGCGCAUUUACAAGGCCCUAAAGCGUUUUGCUGACUUGCAAGGACCCAUCUGUUAUAACGAUGCCCAAAAUAAAGAGAUGAAUCUCAUAGUUUAUUAGAUAUAAUCCGUGUAAAGUUUGCUUAUCAUUUUCGCAUAAAUUAUGACCUAAAUUUGGAAACCGCUGAAUUUCUCGAAUUGGGUCUUUGCGAUUUUGGUGAAACUCUGUUCAGCGCAAGGCACUAAUGCGCACUAUGUGUAGCCGAGAGAUUUUCACGAAAAAAAGCCGGCAACAGCAGAUUUUCGACUCAGACCUCAAAGGGGCGUGGCAUUAUAACCAUGUGACAUUUACUCCGAUCGCCAAAAGUUUUAUGUUAUAUUGUAGAUUGAUCUAUAUGUUCUCCAUGCUAUAUGUUAGAGGUACGAUUAAAGUAAAGGUGGGGAUACCAGAGAGCUUCAAAGUAGGAUGGUACCCCCCAAAAAAAACUGGGUCAAGUCACCUUAAUGAACUUGUUAAUCUAAGGUGCAUCAAAAUUUAAUACUCUCCACACAUGUCAUUCCACUUUAAAUAUUAAAUAUAUUUCUCUCACGUAGUAUAUUCGAGAAGUAGUAUUAAAUACAGUUAAUAUUGACAUGUUCAUUAUUAUUUUUUUGACAUCAUCUGUCAGCGCGAUGCGAUGCAGUCAUAUGAUUAUGCCAGCCCACGAUGGACCUGCCUUUCUCAUCACUUGACUCCAGUUGUACUCAUGCUGCUACAUCUAGAUCUUUUAGAAUGAAGUAAAUUACAUUGUAUCUUCUUCAAUACUCUUCUAACGUGGAACUCAUCUUCAUUAUUUUUAGUUGGACCAAAGAUCCGUGAAAUGAGUCCAAGUACUAAAGACAAAAUUAGAGAAAAUGUACAGGAUGCCAUGGCAGACAAAGAGGAAGGUAAGUUGCAAAAAUGGUCUAACAGAAUGAUUGACUUCAGUGUAGAGAAAAGCCAAUCCAAAAAUGCCAAAGAAAAAAGAUUGCCUGAACUGCUUGAAAACUGAGAUGGUUUUUAAAAUAGUUUCAACAUAAUAAGAUUUUUUUGUAGACAUUUUAAAGUGUAUACUUGGUAUUCUGGUCCCCAUAACUACGUAGCUCUAACUUUGAAAAAGUUUCCUGUGCUUGUUUGAAGGAGCUGGUAGUGAAGAAAAAGAAAUGGGUGACAAUGAGUCUGAAAGCAUGGAAGUGGGAGACAAGGGUGAUGAAGGAUCAAGUAAAACAGAGAAAGAAGAAACAAAAGAAGGGAGUGAGAGUAAAUCCGAGAAGACAACUUCAAAAGAAACAAACAAAGAGUCUGAAAGAAAGAGAGUCAAUGAGUCUGAAAGCAUGGAAGUGGAAGACAAGGGUGAUGAAGGAUCAAGUAAAACAGAGAAAGAAGAAACAAAAGAAGAGAGUGAGAGUAAAUCCGAGGAGACAACUUUAAAGGAAGCUGAGACAGCUGAUUCAACAAAAGAGGAGAAGGAAAACAAAGCACUGAAAGAGAAGAAUGAUGGUCAGGAGGACCAGAAAGAAGAAGGUGAAGAUGAUGAAGAAGAGGGUGGGGAAGAAGGGGAGGAUGAUGAUGAAGGUGAAGAGGAGGAGGGUGAAGAAGGAGCUAAAGGAGACACUGACACAGCUGACACAGAAGGGCAAGAGGUAUUGACAUCAAUAAUCAUUAUCAUUCUUCAAGUGAAAGAUAAUUAUCAUUCAUUUAGGUUUGUCCAUAGGAUUCGUUUAUACUUUAGUUUGUCUUAUUAAAGUCAAGUUGGUGUAAUUGACCAUCAAACAAUCAGUCUAUAUAUUAAAUGGGCCCAUUCAUCACCACUAUUCUUUGCUGACUCAGAGCAAGGCCUUUUAUCAAUAAGAAAAGGUAAAUGCGCAGCAUGCAACAAUCGGCUUAUGUGUGUUCUUCGGAGGCAGCUCCGUAAACAUGAAAGAAACACAAUGUUAGAGUAGCAACUCUAAGUUUCUUCAAUGCAAGCAAAUCCUAAUCACAACAGCAUCCAUACGUUCUCGUUUCCAAAUAAAAUGAUAUUCAGAAACAAAAUUUUCCACCUAUCCCUCCCUCCGACAUUAUGUAACCCAACAGUUUGCCCAAAGUGAGAUUUUAGUCAAUAAUUUUAUUGUGUUAGGAAGGGGUGGGAGGGUAGUUUCCUAGAACCUUAUAACUGAGUACUGUGUUUCACACUGUCUUAUUUAUUUUCUUUAAUCAGGAAGAUGGAGAUAUUCCCACUAUGCAGCUGGCCUGGGAGUCUUUAAUUAUGGCACAUCUUGUCUUUUCAAGGUUUGUAUUAAAGUUGUAGAUCAAGGUUAUAUGAUGAGAAACUUAUUUUCUUCCUUGUUUGAAGCUCAUAAUUGAGAUUGGUGGCAUUUUUAUGUAUUUUCUAUAAAGGAAUGAAAACAAAGAAGCACAGUUGAAUUUAGCAGAAGUUCAUCUUAAGCUUGGAGAGAUUCAGUUAGAACAAGGUAUAAGAAUAAUAUAAUAUAUUAUUAUAAUAUAUAGAUUUAGCCAAGCUUACUGGUGAAAGCAAAUAUAUAAUUAACCCUUUAAGUCCCAAUAGUGACCAACAUCAAUUUUCUCCCAAUGAUAUCCAUACAUUGUCAAGAGAUUAGGUUAUGAGAAUUAAUAAAAUGAUCACCAAAGAAAAAUGCUUUGAUCUUUAGUCAAAUUCUCUCAACUCAUUCUUUAAGGAAAUAUAGAGAGAUCAGUUUGGAGAAUUUAUAUGUGGAUAUUGAGGCUUAAAGGGUUAAAUACUAACUUUUUCUUGAAAAACUUUGUAAAACGUUGCAUUUUUUAGUAAUCGAAGUAUUGCGUGACUAAAAAAUAAAGAGCCAUUUACCAAUUAUCUGCUGUCUAAGUGGACAGCUAAAAAAAAGAUUCCUUGACAGCAUAAGGUAUGUCAUGGUUUAAUUUUAUCCUUGGUUUAAAUUUUCUUUUCUUUUCUUUUUGGCUAUAGUAUUGUAUGAUAAUGAGUUUGAAAGAAAAGAAAAGUAAAUAUUUAAACCAAGGAUAAAAUUGAACCACAACAGGUACACUGUAGUGGACCUUCUUGGUUACUAUUUAGCCUAACAAAAAGUAUCUGUCAUUUGUUGAGUUGUGCUCAUUCAAGUAUAUCAGUAGUUGAAAGUUCCCCCCCCCCCCCUUCCAAAUUAAAUUAAGGUGUCAAGGUUGUGUAUAAAUGUUGAGACUGGAUUCGAUGAUCCAGGUGGGUCCUUGCAGGCCCAUUCAGAUCCCAGGAUUAAUAUUAGUAGUAUCUGCUUAUAAUUAAGCUGUACUGAAUAUUUCUUGACUUGCAUUCAAGAGCAAUUUGCAGGUGCCAUAGAAGACUUUAAGAAGUGUCUUGAGCUUCAGGAGAAGCAUUUGGAAUCUGAUGACAGACUUAUUGCAGAAACGUAUCCUUAGCUUAUUGUAAAAAAAUCAUUCACCCUUAUGGACUUCACUGCUCACUCGACCCUGCAUCUUUCUUCACUAUACAUCAAGUCUAGAUNCCUAAGAAAUAUGAGAGGGAGAACCCCAGCACCUCCCCCCUUCCCAUCAACCCACUUGCCACCCAGGACACCCCCCCCCCCCCUUCCCAAGAACCCCCUUCCCACCCAAGAACAUUCUUCCUCCCCAAGAACCCCCUUCUUACCCAGGAAGCCCCUUUUCACCCAUUGGCAAGAGCCCCCUUUGUAUCCAAUAAGCCUCUCCCUAUUCAAGAACCUCCUGCCUACAUUACCCCUCUCCAUACCCAAGCCCUCCCCCCACAAAGGACCCCUUGCCUACCUAAGGACCCUGUCACUGCCCAUGCUCCCCUCCCAGAGUGUCAAGAUGAGGCCAAGCAGUUUGUUAAGGUCGUUUUCUGUUCUCUGACCUCACUUAAGAAUAAUUGACCGUACUUUUGACUGUGGAGUCAUUGCCUCCCUUUUCUGACCACAUAACAACUUGUGAACUUGUGUGUAUGCCUCACCUUAACUUGUCUACUACAGAGCCUAUAACCUUGGCUUAGGUUAUAGUUUAUUACCAAAUUAUUCCAAGUCAAAAGAGUUCUACAGUAAGGCGUUAAGCAUUAUACAACUCAGAACUACAAAGAUUGAAGCUCGUCUUGCAGAAUCAGAUGCUAAAAGCAAAGGCAAAGGCAAAGCAAAUGAAAAUGAUCCAUGUGUAGUAGAUAGAAAAGAACUUGAAGAGUUACAAAACUUAUCUCCUGAGAUCAAGGCCAGGGUAAGUAGCAAAAUUAAAGAAGCUUAGUGUAUUUCUUUUAUGAACUUAACUUGAUCUAUGAAGUACCAUACUGUAAACUUUCACUUUUAAGCGCUGGGCUUAGCUUACAGAUCUUUGCAAGGGGUUUUAGGGGAGCUUGUAAGCAGAGCUGGGCUGGGGCUUAUUUAUUACUAGUUUUAGACUUAAGCUUCCAAACUUCAUAAAAUUAAAUUGCAUUCAUUUCUAUAUAUUAAGUAAGACAGGGGCUUAUAUUCAAGGGGGAAAGGACUUGCUUUGUCGAUCAAAAUGUGUCUGUGUGUAUGUAACUAAUGCUAUUUGUAAUAACUUGCUAUGUGUAGUGGAAUAAAUGGCCUCAGCUGGUAUAAGACCCCAAAUAAAAUAUUGUCUUAUCUUGUCUUUGACUGGACAACUCUCCCCAAUCUCCCAUGCCUUGUAAAAUUUUAAAGCAGGACUAAGAGCCAAAUAUUUUAGUUUGUAAAAUUUUCAUCUUAGCCUGUUAGUCAUUAGCCUUUGUAUUUUCAUGAUGGUUAAAUCUUUUAGAUUUUUUUUCACUAAGCAUUUUUAGUUGUUUAGCCUUUUUAGCCUUUUAACUUUUUAACCGUUAGCUUUUUAUAAAAAAAAAAAAUAUUUGAUUUUAUUAGCUUUUUUAAUGUUAUUGAAUCUAAGUCAGAGGACCUCCCUGAAAAAUACUAAAUGUGACUUUAUCGAUUAUUUGUUGUUAUUACUAUCAUCAUUAUUAUUAUUAUCAUUACUUCAUGAUUGUACAAUUAAACUUGAAUCUCUCAGAGCAUUAAAAACCUUUAAUUAUUCAGUCAUUGUUAGGUCAAAAUUAUGUCAUUCAAACUGUUAAAGUUAUUAUUGUUAAUAGCAAAAUUAUAUGGUGUAGCCAAUUCAAAAAUGAAACUCUUUGGCAGAACUGUAAGUCUAGGUUUAUUUUUUAUUUUGUUAAGAUUUUAGAUUUUUUUUGUUGUAUCUGUGAUUUUUUUUGCUGUGGCCAUUAUUGUUAGGAAUGAAUAAAAUUUUCGAGUAAUCUUUUUGUACUUAUUAUGUUGAUAACUUUUGUAUUUUGAUUAUCAUUUUUUUAGGUGGAUGAUGCUCAAGAGAUGAUGAACGCUGCUGCCAGUCAGCAGGUAUGUUAAUGACUGUACAGGUAGUUUGACUUGAAGUGGUAAUGUGACUCGUACAUGAGUCAUGUAUAUAUUAACCCUUUAAGCCCCAAUAACCACAUACAAAUUCUCCAAACUGAUCUCCGAAUACAUUCCCUAAAAGAAUAAGUUGAGAGAAUUUAAUGGCAGAUCAAAGCAUUUUCUCUUUAGUGAUCAUUUCAUAAAUUCUCAUAACCUAAUCUCUUGACAAGGUAUGAAUUUUGUUGGGAGAAAAUUGAUAUUGGUCACCAUUGAGACUUAGAGGGUUAACAAAAUAUUAUUAUUAGGGAAGUUACAUGACUAUUUAUACAUCCUGUUCCUUCUGUAUUUAACCAUCUCUGUGAAUUUCAUAGUUUGAAGAAAAAACAUUGAUAGAGAAUAAACUAAUCAAUGAAAGGAAAUCACCAGAGUAAAGGAAGUGUACAAUGAAGAAGGCACAUCACAAAUUUUAACAUUCUUCAAGAAUAUCAUUGUCUAUGCACUUGAAUCUCAAACACCUGUUCUACCAGCUGAUGGCAACUCUAUGCUGUGCCUGCAGACUGAAAACCAUGCCUAUGUUAACCAAUUUCUCAAUUGCGGUAACAGAAAAAUUUGAGCUGCUUUUGCAGCCUUAAAACAACGACACAUUUAGAGAUGUUAACAAAGUAAAAAUUAAUAAACAUUUACAAUGCAAGAUAAGAAAAACUUAAGUCCAGUUGAAAUUUUUGCAAUUUCCUGAAGCACUCAGUAACUUAUAUCAAAACUUUGGAACUCUUUAAUGAACUUUCAUAAAAAAUCUUUGGCAGCUGGCUUUGGAUGUUUUUAGGAUGAUUUGAUUUUCUAUGAAAAAUCCUGACACCUCAGCAAGGAUAAAUUAAAAAUCUCAUGCCUUAAUGGCUCACAAAACAUUGGCUCAUACAUAAUGCUUCACACUUUAGUUUCUUGUCUGAUUGGCGACUCGAAGUCAAUAACCUUAUCAAAUCUUGACCGCAUCAAUUGUUUUUCAACCUUUUGGGUCUAGGGUUUAUGUAUCAGAUGAAAACAAUGCAUCAUCUGUUUGAGAUUAUUAAUUUUGCCAUGAAGUUUGUUUGCAAAAUGCAUAGGAUUUUUCUACGUUUUUUUUUUAUUUACUUAGGCUGAAACAACAACAGAAGAGGGCUUUGGAUCAAGUGGGCUACAAAAAAGUGAUCUUCCUGUCAACACAGUAAGAUUAUAAUAAUUAAAUUUUCAAUUUAGAAUACAUACGUUUUUGUGCAUUUAAAGCGUAGCCUGUGGUUAUUUGGUUGUCUUGCACAGCAUGUUAUGUUUCCUGUUACAAACAAGGGAAAGUAAUUAAGAAGUAAACUUAAAUCUGUAUAAAUUAAUUCCUAAAAUUUACAUCAAUGAUCAUAUAUGUUGUAGUGAAUUUUUUAUUUCAGUUAAAUUUUUUUUCAUUGUUUUUGGGUAUGGUAAUAUAUGCAAGAAGAAGUUAAAACAAAGGAAAAACAAAAAUUAACUGAAAUAAAAAAUUAACUGCAACAUUUACAUUGUUAACAGUACUUUACCUGAAAAUGGUGACGAAAUAAGUAAGUCUUCCUAGCAGUCUUAAAGUUUGUAAGAUCAACGUGAUGGCGGGCAGGCUCUGGCAAUGCGUUCCAUAGUUCAAGUGUACUGUUUGGCAAAUAAGAGUGACCAACAGCCAUAACCCUUCAACUAAGCUGAUGGUACUAUUCAUCAGGAGUUUCUUUUUGACUUAGAAGCAGAUCUCAAGCUUCUUGAUGGUCUGUAGAGUUGCAACAUUUCUGUUAUGUAGGAAGCUGCUGACCCAUGUAAAGGGUUUCCCUGUGAACCUUGCAGUGAAUUCCAUGUCACCAAGUAUUCACUGUCUUUGUUUUGCUGAUUAGAUACAGGUCAAAAAAGUAUCUGCUGGUGCACCUGUGACUGAUGUGAGUCACCUUGUGAGGAGAAAGGUAAGAAAGUAGUAAUUGGUGUAUGCUGCCAUUAAUAUUUAUUAUUAUAUAUAUUGCAUUUUGUGGUAGUGAUGCAAAGUUAUUACUCCCAGCCUUUCCCAAAAAAACAACCAAUCCACUGCACCAGCCAUCAGAUAUAACCUCCAUGUUCAAAUAUAUUGUGUGAUGCAAAACAAACAGCAGACUUGCCUCCAGGAAAUAUUCUUAACAUUAAUUGAAAUUUCUUGCAAAGAUUUUUGUUGAGCCAAAACAAAUCAAGUCGAUAACAGUCGCCUACUCCAAACUUUGGAUGUUUGGCAGCAAGACAUGUCAUGUUUGCACCCAAUUAGAACAUGUUUUUUCGUCUCGUGUACAUGCUUAGGUGCAACCGAUGGCAAAUUGCCAAUUCAUUGCUAUAAUUUUAUGGUGGUUUUGUCCUAGAGGAAGCCAGAGGAAGAGAGUAGUAUAACUGAGAAAGAAGAAACAGAGGCACCAGUAAAAAAGGCUCGUCAAGAUGAGGAACAAGUAGCCCAACCAACACCUGCAGUAACAGAGAAUGGUCAUGCUAAAAACUGAAUUCUGUGGAUGAAAAUUUGCUCAGGCUGUGUAAAUAGACUAACAUGUUUGCUACAUUAUUAAAUAAUUAAAACAAACUGACAUUUGGUGUAUCCUGGUGGAGCGCUUUCUCUUUCUGGUAUGCACCAGUUCUUGUCCAUUGCUUUGACACAAGCCCAAGGCACCGUAAUUCCUCUAUUAAGUCCCCUUAUUUACUUC